AUGGUUCACACUGUUACCCACAUCAGCUGUUGCCCACAGCAACAUCAGCUGUUGCCCACACCAACAUCAGCUGUUGCCCACACCAUCAUCAACUGUUUCCCACAGCAACAUCAGCUGUUGCCCACACCAUCAUCAGCUGUUACCCACAUCAGCUGUUGCCCACAGCAACAUCAGCUGUUGCCCACACCAUCAUCAGCUGUUGCCCACACCAACAUCAGCUGUUAUCCACACCAACAUCAGCUGUUGCCCACACCAACAUCAGCUGUUGCCCACACCAACUUUUUCCCACAGCAACAUCAGCUGUUGCCCACAGCAACAUCAGCUGUUGCCCACACCAACAUCAGCUGUUUCCCACACCAACUUUUCCCCACACCAACAUCAGCUGUUACACACACCAACAUCAGCUGUUACCCACACCAACUUUUUCCCACACAAACAUCAGCUGUUGCACACAGCAACAUCAGCUGUUGCACACACCAACAUCAGCUGGGUGAACUCAGCCAUUGA